AAUUUAAAAAGUGCGCGAUAUCCACUCUGCUUAAAAUUGCGCGAUUACAACUCUGCUUAAAAAAAUGUUGUGUGAAUAGUUUUUAAUUCUGUAUUUUUGAAUAAAAACCACCACAAUUAAAGAUAGAAAAAGGAUUAGCAGUGAUUAUUUAACCGUUUAGAUUUAUAUCCCGACAUCCAAGUUAAUCCACAGCUCGAGACGUUCAUCAUUUAACAUAAAAAUGCUUUCGAAGAAACUUUCGACAAAUUUUACUAAAAUUAUUUCAUUAAAUAGCUUAGGAGAGCGUACAUUUCAUCAUGGGAUCAGUGUUUUGUGUUGUUAUGAUCCCGAAGGAGUUAUUUUAAAGUUUAUAAAAGAUAAUGAUAGAAAUAUUUCAAAUAGUAAUGUGGCUGAUGAUAGUGCAGAAAUUGAACUGGAAGUUUUAGUGACGAAGAAAACGACACUUAAGAGGCAAAAGGAUCUUUAUGUUAUAACCGCAACUGAUGAUAUAGUGUUUCUCAAAUUCGCCACAAAAGACGAGGAUAGACAGUUUGAUGAGAUCCUUAAAAAGGUGCAAAAUGUUAACGACUCAGUAUUUAUUAUGCGAACCGAAGACUCGUCGGCAAAUCAGUACUUUCAAUUCUAUGGUUAUCUCAGUCAACAGCAAAAUAUGAUGCAAGACUUUGUGCGUACGAGCACUUAUCAGAAAGCAAUACACGGAAAUUUUAAUGACUUUAAUGGAAAAAUUGUACUGGAUGUUGGUGCUGGAAGUGGAAUUCUCUCAUUCUUUGCUUCACAAGCUGGUGCGGCUAAGGUAUAUGCUGUUGAAGCUAGUAACAUGGCACAAUAUGCACAACAAUUAGUGGCUGCUAAUAAUUUAGGUGACAGAAUCACAGUUAUUGCUGGAAAGAUUGAGGAAAUUGAUCUUCCUGAAAAAGUCGAUAUCAUUAUAUCGGAACCGAUGGGUUACAUGCUUUACAACGAACGUAUGUUAGAGACUUAUCUACAUGCAAAGAAAUGGCUUAAACCUAAUGGUAAAAUGUUUCCUUCACGUGGCGACCUUCACGUUGCUCCAUUCUGUGACGAAGCUUUAUAUAUUGAGCAGUAUAAUAAAGCAAACUUUUGGUAUCAAACAAGCUUCCAUAGUGUCGAUUUGAGCUCGCUCAGAGAAGCAGCAAUGAAGGAAUAUUUCCGUCAGCCUAUUGUCGAUACAUUCGAUAUUCGCAUUUGUCAAGCUAAAUCAAUUCGUCAUGUGGUCGAUUUUCUACAAGCCGAGGAAGAAGAUUUACACAAAAUUGAAAUUCCACUUGAAUUUCACAUGCUCGAGACCGGGACAUGUCAUGGACUAGCUUUCUGGUUUGAUGUUGAAUUCUGUGGAAGUUCGCAAAGUGUUUGGCUCUCAACGUCCCCCACCGAACCUUUAACUCACUGGUAUCAAGUGCGUUGUUUGUUACAAAAUCCUAUUUUCGUUAAGCAAGGACAACUGUUGACAGGCAGAGUUCUCCUUAUUGCCAAUAAAAGACAAAGCUACGACGUCACAAUCGAACUUACAUUAGAAGGAACGAGCAUCUCAUCAUACAACACAUUAGAUCUUAAGAAUCCUUACUUCCGAUACACUGGAGCAGCACAAGCCCCUCCAGGCAACAAUACACAAAGCCCCUCAGAACUUUAUUGGAAUCAAUUAGAUAAUCAGGGAUCCAGAACAGCUGUCAAUCUUUUAAACGGCAUCACCGUAAACGGACUUGGCGAGGUUCAACUCGAUACACAGACAAUAAUGAAUCAGCAAAAUCUCAUGACAAUCGGUAAUUACAAUUUGUAAUCACCAAACUCAGCAUUAUCAAAACAUCCCAAAUCCCAACAUUCAUACAGGUAGCAUACCAUCAACAGGAAGAUCAAAUUAUGCAACAAACAGUUUCGCACCAACAAAUAAUAUAAUUGUGGAUAAGUCUGUUGAGGAUACGCGAAUGAUAAUAGAACAAUCAAAUCGUAUAAUGGCAAAAAAUGGAGUUGAUGAUAAAGUCGUAAUUCCUUCCAACUCAUAUAUUGAUCAACCCAUGCUUUCUGCUAUGCAACAAAUGUUUAAUAAUGGCUUGCACUCAUCAACAACACCAGCUCAAAAUGUCAAGACGAUCUAUCAACCACAGCAGAUAUAUUUUAAUUAAUUAAUUAUUAGACUAUAUUGAUGCUUUACUGAUUCACUCACGUCCAUCACAUUAAAAUUCACUUUAUCUUCAUUUAUUUUUAAAAAAUCAAAUUAUUCAACAAUUUCAAGAAAUUUAGAUGAAAAGAUAAAAGUUUAAAAAAUAUUAAAAAUUGAGGUAGACAUGAUCAUGUAAGAUAAAAAGUUAAACAUUUGCUGCUAUUAUGAUUUUCUCAGAUUAUUUUUUGCAUUUCAUUUUUUUUUUACUAUUUUAAUUUUUGUCAUAAGAUGUAGAGACUUAGUCCUUAAAGAAAGAAGUAAUUUAUUGUUUCCUCCUACUCAAUACACCUCAAUACACUUUACAUUAAACUUAUACGUUUGUAAAUUUAAGAAUUAAUUAAAAAAGAUAGUUGUUCCAAUUUUCAAAUUAUUACAGACAUGACCCAUGAUUUUUAUGCCAAUUAAAUAUUAUUUUUUGCUGCUACUAUAAUCGUAAGUUGUGAAGAGUAAAAAUGAAAAUUUAAUUAAAAUAUCCUCCAAAAAAAAGAAGAAAAAAUAAAUUUCAAAUUAAAAAGGAGAAUUUCAACGGUUUUUUCAGUUUUGAAUUCCAGAAAUUUUUU